CGCCCUCCGUCCCGCGGACUGUUGGCAGGGCCGGGGAGGGAGUCGAGGGCUGUCGGGGUCUGUUUGUCCGCCCGUCUGGGAGCUUCCUGUCCCGGGUCCGCCGCCGGGAGGACUCUGAACCCGCACCCACUGGAGCCGCGCCCCGCCAGUGCGGGACACCCCGCGUCCCCGGCAGCGCGCUGACCUCGGCGCGGGGAAGGCAGCCAGCCUCCGGGGCCCUCUGUUGGCGAGGUCAGUUGCCAUUCGCCAGGCGGGUUUCGAACCCUUGGCCUCGACCGAGAGGCACCUUCCACCGGUGCCUGGAGCAGAACUUCCCAGUAAGUCCCCGGAAACCACCCUGGCGCUGCCCAGUCGAUCCCUCGUCCCCCAACCCUAACUCUUUUCUGGAAACCGAGGCUUUGGGGAAUUUAGAUUCGAGUGUAUGUUUAACGUGCCAGAGGCAAAAAGAAAACAAACAAACAAACAAACAAAAAACGGUAAGAAAUCGGGCGUGAGCAAAGUAGGGAGACACAGUUUCUUCCCUGUGAAACAGGCGUGAUAACCUCCUGGGAUGAGGCGGGGCGCUCGAGCCGAGCCCAUAGCCAGAGCUUGAAAUCCGUUUCAGAUCUCCUGUCUGCGUCCCCAUGGGAGGCGUGUGGCCUGGGAGUGCCAAAUUGCAAGGGAUGGUCACUUACAGAAAACCUCUCGGCCGCAGCUGUCCACACAGGAUGCCUCAAAUUUGCUGGAAACCGUCCCUCGGGAGGUCAGCCGCUGUUUCUUUAGGGCGGCACUAGGGAUUUCGUUCCGUGCAUCGAAGGGGUUUUUGUUGUUGCUGCUGCUGCUGCUGCUGCUGCUGCUGCUCCCAUUUAUUUAUUUUUUUUCUCUACACCGGGCCUCGCCCCACUCCCACUGGCAUGAUGGCCCAGUCUAAGGCCAACGGCUCCCACUAUGCACUGACCGCCAUCGGCCUGGGGAUGCUGGUUCUUGGGGUCAUCAUGGCCAUGUGGAACCUGGUGCCCGGGUUCAGCGCCCACGAAAAGCCGACCGCUCAGGGGAACAACAAGACAGAGAUAGGCAGUGGCAUUCUCAAGAGCAAGACCUUCUCUGUGGCCUACGUGCUAGUCGGGGCUGGGGUGAUGCUUUUGCUGCUCUCCAUCUGCCUGAGCAUCCGGGACAAGAGGAAGCAGCGGCAAGGCGAGGAGAUGGUCCACAUCCAGCACCAGCCGGGGGUCGAGCCACACGCCCCGGAGGAAGACAGCCAGGAGGAGGAGGAAGAGGAGGAGGCCUCCUCCAGGUACUACGUCCCCAGUUAUGAGGAAGUGAUGAACACCAACUACUCAGAAGCGAGGGAACUGGACCAGAACCCCAGGAUGAGCAUCUCUCUCCCCUCCUAUGAGUCCUUAACUGGGCCUGACGAGACGAGCCCCACGGCUGCCAGGGCCAACGCGGAGGCCAGCCCGGGGCAUCCGCCCGACAGGCAGAACUCCAAGUUGGCCAAACGCCUAAAGCCACUGAAAGUUCGGAGGAUUAAAUCCGAAAAGCUUCACCUUAAAGACUUCAGGAUCAACCUGCCGGACAAGAACGUCCCUCCCCCCUCCAUCGAGCCUCUGACUCCGCCACCACAGUACGACGAAGUCCAGGAGAAGGCUUCUGAUGCCAGGCCACCCGACUGACGGUGCCGUUCAGGUGUGUCCCUCCGGUCGCUCACCCUCCAGACCACGGACCCCCAGUGAAGCCACUUCAGCUGCAGUGGAGAAGCGGAGGGGCCAAACGUACACAGACUGAUGUGGAUGGGGGUAGGGGGUAAGGGGAGGGGCGGGGGGAUCCGGUCACUAGGGACUGACCGACGUCCGUGGGACCUCACGUGGCAGGCGCACUGGGAGGAGCUUCUGCCUCGGAUCUGGGAUGUGGACCCGGUCGGGGGCGUGGGGUACGCACCUUCCCUGUUGUUUCUCCCCAACUCUGAGUUGUUGGCGACAAUACCUCUCUUUCCAAUCCGGAAAGGACGCCAGCAGCUGGUGUAGGUUGUGAUUUUGUUUUGCUUCCACUAGGACUGUUUUGUUUCAAAAAGAAAACAAGAUAGGCCUUUGCUUUCUUCGCCGGAUUCCUGCCUGAGCUGUGGGCAGGAGAUGUGACUCAGCUUUCUAGAAAGGACGCGGGGCUGUCCCGUGAAUGAAGCGAAACAAGGGGCUGAUCGAUGGUGAGGGGGUGAGGCCCCCUGACGCUGUUCAGAACCCCUGAAGCAUAGACUCUGAUCUUAGGCAUUACCAGGCCUCGGGCCCUCCGAGAACCACCUGCUUCAGGGGCGAAAUAGGAGAGCUGUAUGAGAUAUUUUAUUCCUUCUAAAAUGCCGUGCAAGUGAGCUUUUUAUAAUAAAAUAUUUUAUAUGUAGUAUGUUUGGGCGCUGAGUUACUAUAGCAGCUCUUCCAAUACUGACUUGCUUAGGACAAAUAUCCCUGAUGGUCUUGAUUGCUGCUGAUCUGCACAAAACACUUUCCAUUGCCAGGCACUGUGAGUAUUUCACACGUGUUAGCCCAUUUCAUCUGUAUCCUGGUAUCACUACCAUUUGAAGGAUAGCUCCCAGAGGCUCAAGUUCAAGUGCCCCAUGUCACAUCGCUAGCAAGCAGCCGGCCUGGAGCCUGAGCCCCUUCUGGCUUCAGGACCUGAGGUCUUUAAGUGCUGUACUGUGCCAUUCAAUGUCAAGAGCUUUUCUAGACUUCGAAGGAGGAUCUGUGCUUCCCAAGAGCCGGGGCUACCCCAUCGACCCACAUGCCCAACAGAACGUGGUGGCUCUUUAGACAGCAGCUUCUACCCUCCUAAACGCCCUCCCAGCAUCCCCCUCCUGAGACCCAGCCCAGAGAGAGUGACGGGCUGUAUGCUCAGAAAGGCUAGAUGAGCGUGUCCUCAUUCAGGGGACCUAGUACCUGCCUAUGGAACCGGGGGAAAGCAGUUCAGCUAAUGAGGAUGCCCAGGGGACUGCUGACUGCUGAGGUUGUGACAUCUGGGACCAGGGUCUUGACCAUGGAGUGGGAGUCUGGGAAGUGCCUGAGUCCGGGGGUGCCUUCCUGGUACUGGUGAGCAUGAUGUAGAGUCUGCAUGGCUGGGAGAAGAGUGAAUUCUGAGGCCCUGGAUGUUUCCUAAAAGCUCCUAAGUAGACAAGGGGCCGCAGGUAGGGAGGGAAAUCACCUCUUUAUCUCGGGAUUGGCAGCAGGGCCUAAAUUCCCACCUUUCGCUUUCCUUAUGCAAAUCCAUCUAUUAGGAGGAAACUGCUUGUGGCUAAGACCCCAGGGGCGUGAUCUGGUCACAGCCCACUCCUCAGCCCCGCUAUGGCUCUCCAUGUAUCUGGGGGCUGGGUUUGUUCUUCUGUGAGUCUUUAUGCUUCCUGGUGGGAAGACAAAACAGGAGGAAAAAGAAAGGAGACUAGCAGGGCACCUGGGCGGCUCAGCUGGUUAAGCCUCCGACUCCUGACUUCGGCUCAGGUCAUGAUCUCAGGGUGGUGAGAGUGAGCCCCCAGCAGAGGCCGGAGUAGAGCACGGAGUUAGCCCCCACCCCCUCUAGAAUAAAUAAAUAAAUCUUUAAAAAAGAAAAGGAGAAUAGCAAGUUUACAAAUGUCAGAAAGGGCCCUCAAUCUGGGCUCUGAUAAAUCAUCUUGCCAGAGAAUCUGCCCAGCCUACACCCUCCCCAGGGGAAGAAAAGUUUGGGGCUGAUAGUGGGCUGUAUGAUAACCCCUAAGAGAUAUCAAGACCUAAUUCCUAGGACCUGUGGAAGAUACCUUACAAGGUAAAGGUUUUUUUGCAGGUGUGAUUGCAUUAAGGGUUUUGAGACGAGUUUAUCCUGGAAUCUUCCGGUGAAUUCCAUAUGUCACCCACAAGUGCAUUUCCAAGUGAGAGCUGGGGGACAGCACACGCAGAGAAAAGGAGGAAGCAGUGUGACCACACGCACAGAGGCUAGACUGAUGCGUCUGCAAGCCAGGGACAGCCCACAGCCCUGGAGUUCAGGAGGCAAGAGGACUGCUCCCUUCACAUCCAAGGGAGCUGCAACCUUGACUGUGGCCCAGCUGAUGCCAGUUUUGGACUUCCUGCGUCCAGAACCAUGAGAAGAUACAUUUCUAUUAUUUUAGGCUGACAAGUCUGUGGGAAUUUGUUGCAUGCAGCAUAUAGAGCAUGGUUCAUCUUUGUCUAGAGGAGGGCAGAGAGAGUGUUAGCUGGGAAUGUUGGCUGUGGGCUGGAGACCUGAACAGUGAUGAGGCAAAAAAAAAAAAAAAAAAAAAA